GGCAUUUAUUAUAAGAUCCCAAUUCAAAGUUGGGCGUGUUUCCCUUUCUCUCUUAGUCAUGGCACCUGCCAAGGUUUCUGGGUUUUACAAACAUGGAAAUGACUGGUUUUUUAAUGCGGGGUUGCCAAGUGAUUUAACGAUUAUAGUGGAUGGUGUGAACUUCCACCUUCAUAAGUUUCCUCUCAUGUCGAAAUGUGGGAAGAUUGCUUCCAUCUUUGAAGAACUAAAGAGUACCCACGAUAAGAUUUUUACCACAAAGCUUGAAGAAUUCCCUGGUGGCCCAGACGCUUUUUUGUUUGCAGCAAAAUUUUGCUAUGGCAUUAGAGUGGAAUUUACAGCAAGAAAUAUAAUAAUGGUCUACUGUGCCGCUGACUUCCUUGAGAUGACGGAUGAGUAUGGGGAAGAUAAUUUACUUUUGAAGUCUGAGAACUUCCUCCACAAAAAUGUACUUCGCAACUGGAAGGAUUGUAUAUUGGCUUUACAAAGUUGCGAGUCAUGCAUGCCGAGGGCAGAAAAGCUCCACAUAUUAAAGAAAUGUUUGAAUGCUGUAUCCAUGAUGGUUUGUACGGAUCCUAGUUUGUUUGGUUGGCCUAUGAUGAUGUACGGUAGCCUACAGAGCCCUGGUGGAAGCAUUCUAUGGAAUGGAAUAAACACUGGGGCGAGAAUAAGAAGUGCAGAAUCUGAUUGGUGGUUCGAAGACAUCUCAUAUUUCAGUGUAGGUUUAUUUGAAAGACUCAUUAAAACAAUGGAAGAAAGGGGUAUAAGAUGUGAACUUCUAGCAGGUGCCAUAAUGUACUAUGCAAGAAAGUAUCUACCAGGUCUGGGCCGAUGGCAGAGCACGCAGGGUGGCAAAGCCAGAACAGUUGCAAGUUUUAGCCUGACUCCUGCCACUGUUGAUCAGAAAGUUUUAUUGGAAAGCAUUGAAACACUUCUUCCAAAAAAGAAGGGCAAGUCCUUCUGCCGGUUUUUACUUGGACUUCUUCGUGUUGCAUCGAUAUUAGGUGUCAAUCAAACAUGCCAGGAUUCUUUGGAGAGGAGAAUUGGAAUGCAGCUGGAACUGGCUAGCCUCGAUGGUCUUUUGAUUCCUUCAUACUCAGAUUCUGAUACCCUAUAUAAUACUGAUUGUGUUGAACGGAUCGUCCGUCAUUUUGUGUCCUUGGAAUCAGGGUUAACAUUAUUUUCACCACCAUCAUUAGACCUAGAGUCAUCACCAUCAUCUGAACCCUUAAGAAAAGUUGCCAGGUUAAUGGAUAGUUAUCUUGCAGAAGUUGCUUCUGAUGUAAAUUUGAAACCCGGAAAGUUAUGUACUCUUGCAGAGGUCCUUCCAGAAUCUUCAAGACCUUUGCAUGAUGGUCUAUACAGAGCACUGGACAUUUAUUUCAAGGCACAUCCUUGGCUUUCUGAUGGAGAAAAGGAAGAACUUUGCAAUAUCAUUGACUACCAGAAACUUUCCGUUGAUGCUUGUGCCCAUGCUUCCCAAAAUGAAAGACUGCCACUCAGAGUCAUUCUGCAAGUCUUGUUCUUUGAGCAAAUGCAUUUAAGAAUGGCUUUAGCCGGCUGUCUCAAUGUCUUGGAAGCUGAAAGUGCCCCUACAGGUCAAGGGGAGAUAGCUGGUAAUGCGACAGCCGGCCAGAUCGUGCAAAGAGAUGGAUGGGUGACAGUUGUACGUGAAAACCGAGUCUUAAAGGUGGAUAUGGAAAAAAUGAGGUCUAGAGUAGGAGAGCUUGAAGAGGAAUUCAGUAAAAUAAAGCAAGAGAUGAAAAGGGUGACAAAAUCACAUAGCUCACUCAGUUCACCCCGUCUAGUUGCCCGGAAAUUCGGAUGCAAGCUCCUUGCGAAAUCCUCAGAUGCUCAAACAGAUGUUGCUGGAAGCACGGGACCAACUCCAAGACCAUCAGUUGAGCAGGCUUGUUCUUCCCGAAAUUCCAGGCAUCGGAAAAGUUUCUCCCUGUUUUGAUAGUUAACACACGUGGAAACUAACAUCAAUGUUUCGACAUAGAAACAGCAGUCCAAAGAAACAAAAAAGAAAAGAAAAGAAAAGAAAGCUUGUGUUUUGUUGUUGUAUAGGAAAUAUAGUUCUUGUGAAAAGAAAAAGAGAUUCAUAUCACCUACAGUUUUGGUGUCACACAUUUUUCUAAUUAUGAAAUCUUUACCAUUCAUGAUUUUGGGCAUAUAAAUUUCAUGAAUGGUUAAGAUCUCAUGUGAAGUGGUAGGAGUGUAGGAAAGAAGAUUGUUGGUGACAUGAACCUUAAGCAUCAAUUGUUGAAAUAAAUGUUAAUAGAGAGAGAGUAGGGUUGGUGGAAUCAUAUUUGUUUCUGGUUGUAGAGGGUAUCCAUCAUAUCGUUGUUUGUAAUCUUCAUCUUUACUUAUGUUUGGAUUUACUUACACACUCUACACUUCUGUAAAUCAAGUUGUAAGUUUGUUUAAACAUUUAUUAUUAAAUAAAUGUCAAGUUAUUUUUGUCCUAAA